AUGUGGUCACAGCGCAUGUCCGAGCGACCCCGGGGACGGCCCGCUGAAAGGCUGAAUCACACCCCACCGCCUUCGAGGCCCAGCCGCGGCGUCUCUGAGCGAACCCGGGACGCGCCUGUCCGAGGUAGGCCAGGAAAGGUGGAAAUGAGAAUCAUCUGCACAGAUCUGUAUGACAGCAUCAGCAUUUUAAGACGAAUGAGAGACAGUCUGAAUUUCAGCCAGGCAGGCAUCAUGAAUACUGCUCUGCUCUGUCUUGAUAUGCAGUUGAAUGUUGCACACCAAAAAAGUCACAUUAAUGAGGACUUCAGGAACACGAACACUCUUACACUGAAGGAGUCAUUGCCUGAUGAUGAUCUCCAAGGUGAAAGUAAUUCAAAAAACACUCAAACAAUUUCAAGUAUAACUUCAUCAAGUGACAGUUCUCUUCCUCUUCUGAGAUCUUCUGAUACAGAUUUUUGUAUAGAAAGCACAAGCUUUGAAGAUAGUUUAAGUAGUUUUCCAUCACCUGAAGUAUUUAGGGGAGGAGAGUUUUUAGAUUUUAAUGAUUCCACUACUGAAGGCUAUCUCAAAUUCAAGAAUUCUACACUUCUUGAUACCAGCCAAGCAGUGGGAAUAGAGAAUAUGCAUCAAUUUUCAAAUCUUUCAGCAAUUUUAGAUAAUAGCAUUUGUAAAAUUUUGCCUGAAACAGAAAAAACUCCAGAUUUCAAAACCAAGCAAACAAAAUUCUCUGUCCCCAUUGGUAAGAAAGAUAGAGGAUUGCUGACUAGUUCUCCAUCAUCAGAAACAGGCAGGUUUGAGACAAAUUUAUCCCCUGUACAAAAAUUAACUUCAGAAGGAGAGUUAAAUCCAAAUACAAGUAACUAUAUAUAUUCAGAUGAAAUUGUUCCUGCAUCAAGCUCAGAAGAAGAAAAACAUUCUUGGGAGUCUCAAGGUAUUACACCUGAAAUGUGCUGUAUUAUUAAAACAUCUCCAAAAAUGAGAUUCAUGAAGGUGGCAUGCUAUUCUUCUAAAGGAGUGUCUACAGAUUUGACAAAGGAAUCACUGAAUAAGGAGAGAUUAAAAACUAGGAGGAGAAUGAACACUGUUGAAGGAAGAGACACCCAUUGGAAAGAUCUGGUAAUGGGACCAAGAACUUCAGUAGAGAGAUUGGCAUGGGAUCCAUGUCUUUUAUCAGAAGUGUGCUGUAUUGUUAAGUCACCACCAAGAAUUAGAUGCACAAAGAUGCCAUGUUGUUCUCUUAAAGGAAUGUCUGAAGAUAUGGCCAAGAAGCAAGUGGAUAAGGAGAAAUUAAAAACUAAGGAGAGAGUGGACACAAUCAAAGGGAGAGGCAACCAGUGGAGAGAAAAGGUACCAUGCAUUUCCUCUGACAUAUGCUGUAUCGUUAAAGAAUCACCGAGAAUUCGACGUAUGAAAAUGACAUGUUGUGCUCCCAAAAGAGUGCCUAAAGGCUGGGGCGGAGGGGUGGGGAGCGCAAGGAUCCCGAACUGCUUUUUGCCUAAGUUUGGGGUUCGCUUGUUUGGGGGGUUGCCUUUUUCCGGCAAGAAGUUAACAGAAGGAAGUGGGUGUGAGUAUGUAUACGUGUGUAAAGGAAGCGGGGGUGUGGAGAAUUCUGUGGGAGGGCUGCCCCACACAACCCUGUUUCCCCUCCCUCUUGCCCUUUCUCUCUCCACUCCAACUACCGGCCUCUACUCGCCAGAAGCCAUCAGCAGCAACCCCCAGUUCCCACAUGUUUUCCUCCCCUCUACCCUUCGCCCCUUCCCCACCCCCUUGCGGCUGCGCAGAGCACGCAGGCUCACGAGACUGAGCCUGAAGGAUCCCUGCAGACUGCCCAGCGCGCCCCGCCCCAACCUCACGCGCGGCCCCGGGCCGCCCUUCCCCCUAUCGCGCGUGCCCGGCCGCCCCCUUGGCUGCCAUGUGAGGGGUCCUGCCAGCCAAUGGAGGCUCGUGGCAGGCGGACUUGCCCCGCCCCUCUCCCCUCCGCCUCCUGUGGCAGUUUGA